GCCGCUCCGCCCGCGUGAGGCCCUCGCCCUUUUCCGCGAGGCCGUCUCCGACGCUCUCUCCAUCUCAACCGUCCUCAACUCUUGCACCUCGCUCUUGAUCACGAGGACCGGGGAAAAUGCUUGCACCUGACCCCCCGAGAUCACUCGUGGGACGCGUACGCUCGCAAGCUCGAGAGGUGUUCGAUCGAAUGCACGAAAGGGCCAUUGUUGCUUGUAUGGUGAUGCUAAAGGCCUUUUCUGAUAGAGAUCUCUUCAAUUCGUCAUGUAAACCAUGUUCACAUCGUCCAGUGUCCAACCAGAUACUGCAAGUUCAUUUUGGAGUCAAAGUAGGACCUAUGUCAUCCACAUUCGUUGACUAAAUCUUGGCAUUGUAGCGAGGUGCUGUUCGUCGAUGCAGUACCUUAAAUGCAACGCAACCCUUCGAGGUAGUGCGCUGGAAAGGAGAGCAGGAGGAAUCUAGUUUUACUUUCCGAUGGGCAUAUAUGCCAUGGCAGAUGGGGAGGGAAAGAAUCAAAAACCUUGUGACCUCUGGUGAAGGCUCCUCUGCAAGGCCAUGGCCAUCGAUGGACUUUGAAGUAGACAGCAUGUCGAGCAGGAAGAACACAAGCGUGAAGUGCAGCAGCUGCGGCGCGCGCCUGGUCGUGCCGCCGCAAGCUCAGACCAUCUGUUGCGCCGCCUGCCGCGCCACCACUAACGUGGGGAGGUCCCGAGACCCGGUCCGGCAAGCUGUGGGCAUCGUCAAAGCCGUGGUGCUGAACAUCUGCAGCAGCAUCAGCUCCCUGAGCUCCUCGUCGUGGAGCAGCGGGUCGAGCUCUUACGGGUACCCGACGAUGGGUCAGCCGUCGAGCUUUCCCCGGGUUCGUGGGAAGAAGAGGGCGGUUCUCGUCGGCAUAAGCUACGCUGGGCGGCAGUACGAGCUCAAGGGGACGGUGAAUGACGUCAACUGCAUGCGGUACAUGCUGACUGAGAAGUUCGGGUUUCCAGCGGAAUGCAUCCUGGUGCUCACCGAAGGGGAGAGGGACCCGAACCGGGUGCCGACGAAGGAGAACUUGCGGGCGGCGAUGCGGUGGCUGGUGAGUGGGUGCGUGGCCGGUGACUCCCUGGUGUUCCACUUCUCGGGCCACGGCGUCCAGAGGCUGGACUCCAGCGGCGACGAGAUGGACGGCUUCGACGAGGCGCUCUGCCCCCUGGACUUCGAGUCCAACGGCACCAUCAUGGACGACGAGAUCAACGACACACUCGUCCGGCCGCUCCGCCGCGGCGUCAAACUCCACGCCCUCGUCGACGCCUGCCACAGCGGCACCAUCCUCGACCUCCCCUACCUCUGCCGGCUGUCCAGGGCUGGGUAUUACCAGUGGGAGAAUCACAGCGCACCAUCAGGCGUAUACAAAGGCACGAACGGAGGAUUGGCUAUAUUGAUCAGUGGCUGCGAUGACCACCAGACCUCAGCGGACACCUCGGCAUUUGCAGGCUCGGCUUCUACGGGUGCCAUGACCUACAGCUUCAUACAAGCUAUCGAAAGUGAACCAGGAACUACCUAUGGUCGCUUGUUGACGGCCAUGCGCGCCGCAAUUCGUGCGUCCGGCAUAGGCAUUAGCAUCAAUGGCCCAAUUGCUUCUCUUAUGAGGAAAGUGUUCAACUUCGGGUCAACUCAGGUGCCUCAGCUAUCUUCCUCGGAGAUGUUUGACAUCUACCGCAAGCCAUUUCUCCUGUAACGCCACUGCCUUUCAUAUUAAUAUGUAUUCGUCUCAUGAUAGAACUUGAGGAUGUUUCUUUAAAUUUAUAGAAUAUUAACCAUGUUCGAUGGCA